AUUUGCGAAACUCUAUUAAAGGCCAAUUAUUCCUAUUAGCUGCUCCAUGCUGCGUUAUCGGCUCUCCUGCCAGUGUUGCUUUUAACAUUAUAAUAUUUUCCUAUUUUAUUUUGUUGCCACUUUACAUCAAAAGAGAGUAACAAAUACCAAUAUAACUUCGAGCAACUCAGUCGAUCAAGAAUUGCAUGCAACCUAUAAUUUGCGGUAUUCCUUAUCCAUACAGGGCAUUAAAUGUGGCCUUGUGGCAUCUAUAAUUUGGGUUGCACUUAUAUAAAAGACACUGCAGCAAAGGCAGGUCCUUUUUGAGUCUUGGUGUGAAAGCAACAUGAGGUUUCUUGUGAAGUUGAUGAUGAUAUUUCUGGUCGAAAGUAGCUGGGGACAUUUCCAGGAAAACUUUGCUAAGAGAAGUGAAAGAGAGAACAAGAUGCCGCAAGAGGUGCAGGAACGAUUACGAACUCCCCCAAAGCUCAACUUGAAGCAAAGCCUGGCAAUGAACCAAGUUGUGAACUUCUACACUCUAAAAGAAGCUUCCAGUGAGCUUUGUAGGAAUCACUCCAUGGAAUUUAGUGCGGGACUGCGAAGCUUUGAGCCCUGGGCUUUGAAAAGUGGGCAAAAGCCUCAAAAACCGUUCCACCAGAAAAUUGGCAUAUUUUUUCCAGUGUUUGAUGCAUCGUCCAAAAUGCAGUCUGGAAUCCUAGCUGGCAAUUUAUUCAACUUUGGAAGCUUCGAUCAAUGCAUUGCAGUCCAAGCCGAGACCGCGUACGGUCCUUUGAAAGGCAAACAUUGCACUUUAAAGCUUCGCCCAGACACGGCUUUGCUGAAGAAAAUCCUCAGCUACAACAACAUUUCCGAAAAGAGAUGGGAUCAAGUGAAGAUUUUCGUCGAAAAUGCCACGCUGGAUUGGUCGAUUUGCGUACCCGAUUCUUGUAUCAGUUCCGAUGUGUUGCCGCAUUUUCAGAUGUUAAUGGAAACUUUAACGGAGGGACUAAACCUAACGGUUAAUCUAAAAGAGAUGAACUGUCUGAUGGAGGUUUCUGCGGAAAGAUUCAGCUUUUUUGAGCUGGCGGUUAUAUUUGGAAUGUUGGCAUAUGUUGGUUUUAUUGCGAUAUUAACAGCCAUCGAUCUCAAUGCCCCCAGCCGCGAAAGCAAAAGUAAUCAGUUGCUGUCAAUAUUCUCUGCUAGUCGCAACGCGAUUAAAGUAUUUGCAAGGUCUGCCAAAGCCCGUCCUGAUUUAGAUUGCGUUCAUGGAAUCCGCUUCAUCAGUACGUGCUACGUCAUUAUAGGGCACCGAUAUCUCAUGAUGAUGUUUUUUCCUGUAAUAAACAGCCUACAGAUCAUAAAUUGGACUAGUUAUUACAGAAGCACAGCGAUAACGGGAGGCACUCUUUGCGUGGACACGUUUUUUAUGAUCAGUGGCAUGCUUGUAACUAUUGGGUUCUUCGAACAGGCGUCAAAGGGGAAAGUUAAUUGGUUUUUGUUUUAUUUCUAUCGAUACAUCAGAAUCACACCGCCACUGGCUAUAGUUAUUUUGUGGUAUUGCACUUUGAUGCACCACUUUGGCUCUGGGCCUUUGUGGAAUGAUAUGCUGGACAUAAUCCAGAAACCUUGCCAGCAGUACUGGUGGGCAGCAGUUUUGCAUAUUCAGAACUACGUGCAUCCAUACCCUUUGUGCUUGACUCAAAUCUGGUACCUCACAUGCGAUAUGCAGUACUACUUCCUUUCUCCAAUUAUCCUCAUCCCUUUUCGCAAUGACCAAGUCCUUGGUUCCAUCAACUUUGCUCUCCUCUUCAGCCUAUCGGUUGCUGUUAACUUCUACCUGGCCUGGGCUCAUAAAUACAACGGAGGAGUUCCAGUAACAAAUGAGCUGUUUGCCACAGAAUAUUUCCAGCACCACUACAUAGCUCCGCAUGUGCGAUCCUCAACAUACAUCCUAGGAUUAGGCUUUGGGAUGCUAAUCUACAACCAAAAAGGGAAAGAAUGGAAUGUUAACACUGCGUUUGUUGUAGCGGGAUGGUUGGUUUGUGCGGCUACAAUGUUGGCUUCAAUGCUGGGUUGUCACGUUUUCUUCGUGGAAGAACAUGACUACAACAGACUUGAAUCUUCAAUAUACUUGGCUGCAAGUCGGUCUGCUUGGACGCUUGGGAUUGGCUGGAUGGUCUGGGCCUGCAUCAAUGGAUAUGGAGGUCCAAUCAAUUUCAUUUUAUCACUGCAUAUAUUCCGGGUAUUUGGCAAGAUCAGUUAUGGGAUUUACUUGCUGCAUAUGGGAAUGCAGUACAUGAUAAGCGCUGCAGCCCGAACUCCGCACUAUUUUUCGGACCUUGCCUCGAUGUACGCAGCAGUGAGCGAUCUAUUCAUAAUGGUUUUUUGUGGCUUUGCAUUUACGAUUUUGUUCGAAUCGCCCUUGGUUCAAAUGCUGUCACUGCUUGCAAGAAAAGGAAAUAUGAAACGGACCGUCGAAGUGAAGCCACUGAACCGCCAUUAGCGAAAUAUUCCUGGUUUUUAGCAAAUUAGUUAGUAAUAUACAACGUUUUUUUGCUGAUGAUCGGGUGUUUGGAAAGGAAGUGGGCAAAAACUAAAAUUCAAAACGGUUUUAAUGUCUGGACUAAAACAGUAACUAUAGCUAAGUAUUACAAAAAAAUAAAUAAAUAAUUAUUUACAAAAA